AUGGUGUUUGCUAAUGAUUUACAAGAAAUCUCCAAUCUAAGUUUUGUAUUAUCUAUUACUUGUUACUGUGACAGUUUCACAAAACUUUUUUCCUGUGAAUCAUACUGUCCAAAUUCAUAUCAGAAAAUGAAGAAUAUUGAAAAGUAUUCUGAAAACUGUAGAGAACUACCUACAAGUUCAUCUUAUAUAAACUUGAUUGAAUCAUCUACCAAUACAACCUUACCAUCGUCAUUACUUACUUCAUCAUCAUCACCAUUAUCAUCGUCAUCAUCUCAACAAUUACCUAGUACAUCACAAUCAAUAUUCAAUUUAGAUUAUACUUCAACAGCUUAUAAAGAAUGGUUACAAAUUAUGAAACAUUUACAUCAUAUUGAUCAUUUAAAACAAAUUAAUGAUAAUAAAAAUAAUAUUCAAAUGGACUUACAAUCUUCAUGUUCACCAUUCACAUCUUUCAAUAAAACUAUCAGUGAUUUAACAAGAAGUAAAAACAUUGAACUAUUGAACAAUAAAUAUGACCCAUUGGAUUCAAAUAACUUAAUAUCACAAUAUUAUUACUAUUAUUAUUACAAUUAUUAUUACGGUUUACAAAAAUCGCAUAAAUUUCUUCAGUCACGACAACAUCAACCUGAUGAUCAUAAUUAUAACACUAAUGAUGAAGUAUAUAAGUCUGAUGGAACUACUGAGACAUUAUGUGUAGAUAAACAAGACAAUUCAUUGAAACAUUUAACGCCACCAUGUUGUUCAACUUCACCACCAAUUUUAACAGAAUCUAUUGUUAAAAAUUCACAUUUAUUUUCUUCAAAAUAUCCACCAAUUUUAUUUGAAGGUCAAGGACGAGUAAAUCAGUUAGGCGGUAUGUUUAUUAAUGGUAGACCAUUACCAUAUGAGACACGUUUGAAAAUUGUUGAAUUAUCUAAUAAUGGUAUACGUCCAUGUGAUAUAUCACGUCAAUUAAAAGUAUCACAUGGCUGUGUCAGUAAGAUUUUACAACGUUAUAGUGAAACAGGCAGUGUAAGUCCAGGUGCAACUGGUGGAGCUAGAAAGUCUAGAAAUAAUAAUCAAAAUCAUCCUCAUCAUCAUCACCAAUCGCGCGAUCAACAUCUUCGACAUACUACUACUACCACUACUACAUCAACAUCAUUAAUUAAUGAUAGUAAUAAUCGUCGUUCACGACACUCAAAUCAAACUCAUAUUAAAUUAAAUCGUUCAAACAGUAAACAAAAUAAUAAAUCGACAAUUUUAUUUAAAAAAAGAAUGAACAAAUCAAAAAAGGGACUGUUUUCAACAAAUUUUAAUUCAAUCCAUUAUGUAAAUCAAUUGUCAACAAGAUCAUAUAAUUAUUCAACUGGUAGAAAGAAAUUACAAGGUCUAACUUCAAUGAAUAAAACAUUGUCACAUCAAUUCGAAAUGAGUGGACAGUUAGAACGACAACAACAACAACAAGAGGCUAUCGAUUUAUCAAUGCAUAACAGAUCACAAUGUAUUCAAUCAGAGACUACUACACCUUCAUCAAUAACAUACGAACCAAUAACUUCUCAUUCAAUAUCAUGUAAUUCUUCAAUGUUUCAUAUGAUAAACAAAUUAACUACUGAUAAGACUAUAUCUACUACUAAUACUAUUGAUACUACUAUCAGCACCAAUACUAUUACAAACGUAAACAUUAAUCCACAAAAAUAUUUGAAACAUUUGAAUACAGAUUUAUCAUUGAAAGAAAUUGGACUAGAUUUAUCUACUUCAGUAAAUGAUAGAAUACCAAAUUAUCUGAAAUUCUCAACUGAGGACAAAACGACGCAUCCUACUGACUUAAUGAUGUGUAGUAAACAAACUAACGCCAAAGAUUAUUCUUAUCAAUCAUCUACAGACCGUAAUUUAACAAAUCCAUCUAUUGUAAGCAGUACUGUUCAAUGUAAAGAAUCAAUAGAUCAGUUAAAAAACUCUAAUUUACAUUUACAUUCACAAUCAACAACUCAAAGUCAACAAGAUAAUGAUUUAAUUGAACAUUGUACAGAUAUUAUUCAAGCUAAUGAUCAAAACAUUCGUUGUAAAACUAUGGAAGAGAUAAAUAUACAGAGAAAUUGUAUACAACAAACAAGUCCAAUAACUUUUAAUGAUCGUUAUGUUUGUUCGCCUGGAUCACCGUUAUCAAAUGAAGAUAUAUUGAAUGAUUCCAAUGUGGUUAAUUUUAUGGGAAGACGAAAUAGAACAACAUUUUCUGAGAAACAAGUGGAAUUCCUCGAAUCCGCCUUUAAACAUACACAUUAUCCUGACUUGCAACUACGUGAAACACUUGCCUAUCAGACUAAUUUACCUGAAUGCAAAAUUCAAGUAUGGUUUAGUAAUCGGAGAGCUCGUUGGCGUAAACAAAUCAAUUUUACUUGUCAAAAUACUUUGGAAUUAGUGAAUUCACCAUGGCAUACUUUUAAUAAACAACCAAAAUGUGAAGUAUUCACAUCAAACAAUGAUGAAAUACAACAACAAGCUAUACCUCUAUCUUCAAUAAGUAAUAAACAUUAUAUUAAUGAGAUGAUAUAUCCAUAUGCAAAAACAUCACAUGAUCCAUUGAAUAAUGAACACUUAAAGAAUACUGGAUGGAAUUUAGAAAAAGUAAUCACAACAACAAGAACACAUAAAGUUACAAAUUGUGAAAAACUACAAUCUUCUCCAUGUUCAGAGAAUAAAAUACUCAAUGAUUAUUGUAAUGUAUUAUUAAAACUUUAUCAAACUAAACAAUUAACAUCAAAUGAAUUAAAACAUUGUUCAAAUAAUUUAUUAGAUCCUAUUCAAUGGAAUUAUUCAAUUAAAUCAAAUGAUUAUCAAACAAGUUAUUUAUCACCUUCAAAAGAAACUCAACAAUUAUUUCAUACAUUUGAAGAGAAUUCUAAAUGUUCAUUGAAAUCAGGAUUCGCUACACAGAGCAAAUCUAUGGAUUAUAGUAAAACAACUCCGAAUAAACCAUCAAGUUCAACUAUGACUGAAAAUAAAUAUACAAUUCAAAAACAAAUAGAUGAAUUAAAUAAUAAUAAUAAUUUAGAAAUAUCAUGCCAUUUAUCAUCAUCUAAAUUGUAUCCAUUAAAAAUAGAUCAUAAUUCUGAUAUCAAUGAAUCUAUUGAACCAGAUUCUACAAUGGAUAAUCAAAAAUCACCUUAAAUUCAAAUCAUUUAAUUUACUAUUAUGAAUUAAAACAACAUUUAUUUCAUUGUACAGUAUACCAAAACAAUAAAAUGAAUAGUUC